GCCACAGAACCCGGAAGUAGCGUUCAGAUACAAAUGUAUUGCUGAUCGAGUGCCAGCGGCCUUCUGAUCACCUGUCUGUCUGCAGUUCAUAUUCAGCAACAAUGCGAGUCCCACACGUGUCAAGCUCUCCACGCAUCCAGGCGGUGUUGACCAGCUCAUACUCGGGUCUAGAGGGCUUCAAAGCUCACGCUGUCUUCCAGGAGAUCAGUAAAAAGCUGCAUGAGGAUGGAGAGCAGUUUGUGAAGAAGAUCGGAGGUGUGUUUGCCUUCAAGGUGAAAGACGGGCCGGGAGGAAAGGAAGCCAUCUGGAUCGUUGAUGUUAAGAACGGAAAAGGCUCUGUUCACAAUGAUGCCGAAAAGAAAGCAGACUGCACCAUUGCCAUGGCCGACUCGGACCUGCUGGACCUCAUGACUGGAAAGAUGAAUCCACAGACCGCGUUCUUCCAGGGCAAACUGAAGAUCACCGGAAACAUGGGCAUGGCAAUGAAGCUUCAAAACCUGCAGCUGCAGCCGGGCAAAGCCAAGCUGUGAGAGGCGGGGCCUCGAGUAGCCCCUCCCACCGAGUUCACUCUGUUAGAGUAGCUAGCUGCAGGAGUCAGACACCAAAUAAGUUUCUGUGCUGUAGUUUGAGCCUCUUUCUAGCAAGGUAAAGUGAUAGUUCACCCAAAAAUAAACAUUUGGUCAUCGUUUACAUCGUUUUCCAUAAUGUAAACCAUUCGACUAUUCUUAGUCUUUUUCUGAAGAUAAACUUCAAAUGUUAUGAGCGUGGGUUUGUGAGUGAAUAAUGCCAGAAAUCCCAUUUUUGGGUGAAUUAUUUAAAUGAAUCACAGGAGUCUGAUAGACGGUUACAAAAAUACUAUAUUAAUAAUGUUCUCGAUUCCCCCUCCCCCCCUUUGAUUGGCACCAAUAACUGUUUAAAUUGUAUGUGUGUGGAUUGAUUGUUUGCUCUGAAGGGGUUUAUUGGAAGUGAAGCCUGCGAACUAUAAACUUACACACUGGGCUCUGAUGGACAGACGUGUUGUUAAAAUGUACGACAGCAUUGCGAUUCUUUCUCUUUCGUCUUUAUAGUUAUUCUAGGUUAUUAGGAGCAGGUUUACAAUGCUGCUUUGUUAAAACAGACACCAAUUAAUAAAAAUAUAUCCAUCAGAGCGGUGUAUGGAUAUAUUUGACAGUAUCUCACAGUAUAAUUGUAGCAUCAUGUCAAUGUUUUUUUGAGUGUUUCCCCAUCAGAUGCUAAAAUACU